AUGGCUCGUUUCAGAAACAACAAGAGAAAACCGUUUGUUAGGCAGAUCACCAAGAAGCAGCCAAGUGUUGAUCAUAUAACUGGAGACAAGAUUCCGAAGAGUUUUGUGUUUUCUAGGGGGAAGUUGCCCGGUCCUCUUCGACAACUGCAGAUGGAUUUGAGAAAAUUGAUGCUUCCUUUUACUGCUCUCAAGCUCAAGGAAAAAAGGCGAAAUAAUCUCAAAGACUUCUUGAAUGUUUCAGGGCCUAUGGGUGUGACACAUUUUCUCAUUUUAUCUAAAACUGACUCGGCGCCAUACUUGAGGGUUGCAAGGACACCCCAGGGUCCAACGCUUACAUUUAAAAUAAUUGAAUACUCAUUGGCUGCUGAUAUUGCUCAAAGUCAAUUGCGUCCGAGAAGCCCCCAAGAUCUUUUCAAAAACCCACCCUUGAUUGUUCUUUCUGGUUUCGGGACUGGGGAGCAACAUCUGAAGCUCACUACUAUAAUGUUUCAAAACAUAUUUCCUGCCAUAGAUGUGAACACUGUCAAUCUUUCUUCAUGCCAAAGGAUUGUAUUACUGAAUUAUAACAAAGAGACGAAGCUUAUUGACUUUCGUCACUACUCUAUUAGAUUACAACCCGUUGACGUUUCACGUAGAAUUAGGAAGUUUGUGCAAAACCAUCAGGUGCCUGAUUUGAGAAAUCUUCAAGAUGUGAGCGAUUUUGUGACAAAGGCUGGUUAUGGAUCAGAAAGUGAAGCGGAUGAUGAAGCUGCAACUGUAAGUCUAGCAACUGACCUUGGUAGAGUUAACCGGGCUUCUAAUAAAAGUGCUGUUAAGCUUCAAGAGAUUGGACCUAGGCUGACACUUCAACUCAUCAAAAUCGAGGAGGGACUGUGUUCUGGAGGAGUAAUAUUCAGUGAAUAUGGAAAUCACGGGUCUGGUAAAAAGCAGAAAACUGAUGAUGAAGAGCAUGAGAACGAGGAUAACAAGGACGAAGAGCAAGAGAGCGAGGAAGAAGAAGACGAGAACGACGACGGCGUGGAAGAAGAUUAG